UGGAAUAUCCUUAUUAGGAAUCAUAAUAUACGAUUAUAUUUUGGAAAUAGUAUAUGGUUCUGAUUUCUGAAAACAUACAUCUUCUUCAUCAGGUUGACUGUCGAAUAAAAAAAAUCUGGGAUAAAUGAUUGUACAUCAACCAAGAACAGGUGGGACCCACUAUUGGUCUCUUCAAAUUAUUUGUUGACCCCACAAAUUUUCCAUUGAAAGCCACUCUCUUCACUUUCUGACACACAUACCGUUGAUCGCCAUUAAUAUAACCUUUUGCAAUCCUCUGUUUGUUGAUAAAAAGCGUCGAUUUCUUCAACUUCUUCAUUCAUUUUACAGUACCAUUUUCUCUCUCCUCCCUCUCUCACUAAAAAUGGCUCAAAAUCUUUAUUUCAAACGCCCUACAACAACCUUCAUCUUUGUGAUUUUGCUCUGUAUUUUGGGGUUUUACACCUUUGAAAAAACCCAGAUUCAAACAAUUGCAAAACCCCAGAAAGCGUCGAAAUUAACUCACCAUUUUCACGACACUUUUCUUUCUCUCUCAUCGAAUUACACCGUUUCACAGUAUCUCCGUGCGUUAACUCUCCACCCCCACCUCGCCGGAACUCGUGAGGGUUAUCAGACUGCGCAAUACGUCAAAACCCACUUCGAGAAUCUUCAUUUAGAGACAAAAGUUUCGGAGUACGAGGUUUUGUUGUCUUAUCCGACGCAAAUUUCGCUUACUGCGAAGUUUAGUGAUCUAAAUAGUCAAGAAAUCGGGACUUUGGAGGUGGGGUUUGACAUAAUUCGUCCCUACCACGCUUACUCGCCGUCGGGGACGGCGGUGGGUAGGGCGGUGUUUGCGAAUUACGGGAGGGAUGAGGAUUACCGAGCGUUGGGGGUGGUGGGGGUGAACGUUAGUGGGUGUGUGGUGGUGGUUAGGAGGGGUGAGGGGAUGUCCCGAGGCGGGGCAGUGAAAGGGGCGGAACUCAGAGGGGCUGUCGCGGUGCUGAUGUACACCGAGGGGGAGUAUGUUAAAGGGGUGGAGAGAGGGACAGUGAUGAAGGGUGUGGGGGACCCACUGAGUCCUGGUUGGGGGAGUGUAAUGGAAGGAGGAGAGAGAUUAGGGAGAAAUGAGAAGGAAGUUGAAGAAAGGUUUCCUAAAAUUCCAUCUUUGCCAAUUUCUGUGGAGACAGCUGAGGGUAUUUUAAGGUCACUUGAGGGACCUCAGGUGCCCUUAGAAUGGAGGGAUGCCCUUAAAAAUAGCAAUUUAAGGGUUGGUCCUGGUCCUACUGUGCUGAAUUUUACUUAUCAGGGAGAAGAAAAAAAUGCCAAAAUUCAUGAUGUUUUUGCUGUCAUCAGGGGAUCAGAAGAGCCAGACCGUUAUGUACUUCUUGGUAACCAUAGAGACGCGUGGACAUUCGGUGCUGUAGACCCUAAUAGUGGAACUGCUGCCCUACUUGAUGUUGCUCGUAGAUAUGCCUUUUUGAUGCGCUUGGGAUGGAGGCCUCGCCGAACAAUUAUUUUUUGCAGUUGGGAUGCUGAAGAGUUUGGGAUGAUAGGUUCAACUGAAUGGGUUGAAGAAAACAUUAUGAAUCUUGGCUCUAGGGCUGUAGCCUAUUUGAAUGUGGAUUGUGCAGUUCAAGGUCCUGGAUUAUUUCCAAGUAUGACUCCACAACUGGAUGAUCUUCUAACUGACAUUACGAAGAAGAUUGAGGAUCCUGAUGCUGCAGAUAAAACUAUUUUUGACCAGUGGACUGCCAGGAACAAAGGCAUCAAUAUCCAGAGGCUUAGUGGAGUGGACUCUGAUUUUGCUCCAUUCCUGCAGCAUGUAGGGGUUCCUUCUGUUGAUAUAUACUAUGGGACAGAUUUUCCAGUCUAUCACACAGCUUUUGACUCGUAUGACUGGAUGUUAAACCACGGAGAUCCUUUGUUCCAUCGCCAUGCGGCUGUGGCGGGACUUUGGGGCCUUCUAGCUCUGCGUUUGGCUGAUGAUCCAAUUCUUCCCUUCAAUUAUCAUUCAUAUGCAAUGCAGUUACAGGAGUAUACAAGUGUCUUGAGCAAUAAGCUGGAAGGCCGUGUGUCCUUUACUCCUAUAUCUACAUCUAUCAAAAAUUUAUUUGCUGUAGCUCAAGAAGUCGAGGAGGAAGCAAAGAAUCUAAGAGCUGAGGGGGUCUCUAGUGAUCUUGAAGUGCUGAAGAAAAGAAUGUUAAAUGAUCGGUUGAUGCUUGCAGAAAGAGGUUUCUUAGAUGUUGAGGGGCAGCUAGGGAAUCAGUGGUUCAAGCAUCUGGUUUAUGGACCUUCCAACCACUAUGAUAGCAAGGUAGACUUCUUUCCUUCUAUAGCUAAUGCUAUUUCUCAAUCUACACAAACGAAGAGGGAAAAUCAAGCAACAAUACAGCAUGAGAUUUGGAGGGUUGCCAGAGCUAUCCAAAGAGUAGCUAAUGCGCUGAAAGGAGACCUAAGUUGAUAGAAAAUGCGGGCAAAUUUCACCUUCACGCAUUUAGCCUUGGGCAGGUGGAUGUAUUGUUGUUACAAUUUGGUCACUGGACCUAAGCUAAUGCCAAUUUGCAGUGGACACAUGAAAAAGAAAAGGUCGAGCACUUUUUCUGCGUCAGAUUUUGAGGAUUGCUGACUUGCUGUCAAAGAGAUCAAAGUUGGAGAAGUAACGGGAAGGUUUCACUUGAACAUAUUUAGCAGCUGGCAGGUGUGAGAUUUGUUUGAUGCAUUCCUCUACUUUUCAGAUGGCAUGUGUUGUUUAAUGUUGACAUCCUUCUGCCAGAAAAUGUGCAUCCUAUGUUUAUUGUACAGUUGUAGUUGUUUCUGGAAAGUAGGACGCGUGAAUCUUACUGGAAAUCUUGUAUAUUUAUUUAUCUGGUGAAAUGUAACCAUAUUCCGCUUGCAUCAAAGCAACUGAAUUUGUGUUUGUUUGCCUUCAGCAGAACAUAGCAGCUAUGACUUGUGUCU